UAGGCGACAAAGGUACACAGAAGGAUGCGACAAGGCGACAAGACUACCCCCCUUGGAAGGCCUCAGAAUUAGACGCCACUGUGCUAAAAACUAUCAAUCUUAUGCGUUUGGAAAAAAUAAUUCACAAGCUUUAUUUACAGGCGUUGAAAUGAAGAAGACUGACUGAGUUGCUAGUAAUCGGAUACCCGACUGACUAUCUUAUGCGUUUGGAAAAAAUAAUUCACAAGCUUUAUUUACAGGCGUUGAAAUGAAGGAGACUGACUGAGUUGCCAGUAAUCGGAUACCCGACUUUCUAGUGACGGGAACAUUCCGAAGCGAAAACAACACAGCCGUACAAACACGGGGGUAUGCUGGGAGACGUACGUAGCAUAUUGCGACACCCGGAAAGAGGAUUUGCGUUUUCUGGAUUGUUACGUCGAGUGUCGAGGAAAAGAACUUAGAGAGGCCUUUGGAAAUAAUGUCCACCACUGGUUUUCGUUGCCUCCGUUUUCGUCGCUACCUAUCGGUUUAUCUACUGGUGGUUUUCUCGCUCGUAUCAUGUGCGAGCGGUUACAUGGACUGCUCAUCUAAGAUCGACUGUGGUUAUGAUCACAGUUGUUGUGGUGGCCAAUGCUUGUAUGGCACAAACUGCGUGGGAUAUUCCUGCUCUGACGACAGCGAUUGUCGAUCUUGGGAAAUAUGUUGCGAUGGAAUUUGUUCGAACGAUUGUUCCACCACCGAUUAUGGUGCCAUUGUCGGAAUACUCAUAGGCUCUUUCAUUUUCUUGUGUUUGCUCUCACUUUGCUGUUACUACGUUUGUUAUCGUCCAAGACAACGUUAUCGCGGAAGGGUGAUAGUGGAGAGAAGAGUCACGGCAACUACUAUCGCCACAAGAUGUGCAACACAAAGUAACACACCCUAUCAGUACCAGGGACAGGUUCCACCACCCUACCAACAAAGCUACCCAUACAACCCCCCACCACAAUAUGUACAGUAUCCCCCAUACAAUGCUGGAUCAGCAAAGUCAAGUGGACCACCUCCCCCUUACAGUACUGCAUCAGAGGGAAGACCAGGGGGAGUGUAUACACCUCAAAGUAACUAUGGUGCUGUACCAACUCCAUCUGCACCACAUUUUGAACAAUAGUAGUCCUUCCAAAUGUGAAAUGUUUAACAUUUAUGUUUGAUAAAAUUUGAACAAUGACAAACAUGUGAUCAAACAUUGUAAAACAGUUUGUUCAUUUGGACGGUGGUCAAUUCAAACUUGCUUAAUAUUUGGCCACUCAGUACAUUAUCAAGACUUUUGGUCACUAAACAAAGUUUGAUCAUGUUAAUGGUUGACAAACAAAUUUCCCGUUUGGACAAGGCUUUUAGUGUUUGAUUUAUGUGCCAUUGGCACGAGUGGACUGACCUGCCAUAAACUGAUCUACCCUGAAGGAUCAGUAGUGUAUAUUUACUCACAGGUAGUCAAGGGUUUUAAAUGUAAAACAGGUAUUUGAAAUUUUUAAUGUGUGGUACUGGAUUUGGUGUGAGUCCUAUUUGAUUAGUUCAUGCCAGUGGGAUACUUUGAAGUUUUAGUUUACUUGAGUGGGUUUCCAGGGAGUUGGCUGACUGCCCUAUUUUCUCUAUCGUUUCUCUAUUUCUGACCUGUUUUUCUCUAAAUAUGCCACUAUUUUAUGCAAAAUUGUUUAAAAUAAAUAUUCAGAAUGAAUCUUCUGCUGUCCCCCAGAAAAAAUCUUUAUUGAUUUUGAAAUACAUUUAAGAGUUGUCUAUUUUGAAUAGUGUCUACAUUUUAAGGGUUCUUAGGCAGUUGAACAUUUGUAAGCCUUUAACUUAUUAGAAAAAAAAGGUUUGAACAAAUUGUGUCAUUCUUUACCUGAUCCAUGAUCAAGGAAGCUCCAAGCACUCAUGAUCCAUAAUUGUAAUCAGCGUAAGUAUUUUCAUGAACCAAUUGUAACUUUUAACGGCAAAAUUGUUUUGUAAAUUAGGUAUAAAGAUUUUCUCAGGGAACCUAAUAAAUCUUAUUGUAUUGUGUUGCAUUGCA